AUUCGUCCGCGAAUCGAACAUCCCUAUCCCAUAACAGCUCAGGACCACGACGCAUAGGGACAGUCCUCAAUCUCUCACCUUAUUUGUUGUCAGCUAAUCACAUCCAUACACACUGAGAGGAAAAGCGGUGUAUGUUUUGAAAUAUCGUCGAUCAUCGGUUGACAGCGCUCUCGCUCGGAGGAUUCAUCCAGGGGUUUUGAAUGGAAGCGGCGGCUGAAGGGGCGACCAGCCUGUCUGAGGCCGGGGAUGGGAGUCCGAUAUCCGGGGCAGCAGCAUCCGAGGACUCGGGGACGGCGGAUGGCAUGGACUCGGACUCUACAUCAAAAAAGGCUUACAUAACAGAGAUGCCUUCAUCGUCAGGCCAGCCGGCUCAUGGGAAGAAGAUCGGACACAGAGGAGUGGACGCUUCUGGAGAAACCACAUAUAAGAAGACUACAUCUUCGGCUCUCAAGGGGGCCAUUCAGCUAGGGAUUGGCUACACGGUUGGCAACUUGAGUUCCAAGCCUGAGCGGGACGUCCUCAUGCAGGAUUUCUAUGUGGUGGAGAGCAUCUUCUUCCCCAGUGAAGGGAGCAACUUGACGCCAGCCCAUCAUUUCCCAGACUUCCGUUUCAAAACCUAUGCUCCCGUCGCCUUCCGUUACUUCAGAGAGCUCUUCGGGAUACGGCCGGAUGACUAUUUGUAUUCACUCUGUAACGAACCACUGAUCGAGUUGUCCAAUCCUGGAGCCAGUGGCUCAGUAUUUUACGUCACAAAGGAUGAUGAGUUCAUCAUUAAGACAGUCAUGCACAAAGAAGCAGAGUUUUUGCAGAAGCUUCUUCCUGGAUAUUACAUGAACUUGAAUCAAAAUCCUCGCACCUUAUUGCCCAAGUUCUUCGGGCUGUACUGUGUACAAUCGGGCGGGAAGAACAUUCGGAUGGUGGUCAUGAACAAUGUUCUGCCCAGGGUGGUGCGCAUGCACCUCAAAUACGACCUGAAGGGGUCCACGUACAAGCGACGGGCCUCUAGAAAAGAGCGGGAAAAGGCGAAGCCCACUUUCAAAGACCUUGAUUUCAUGCAGGACGUUCAAGAUGGUCUCAUGUUGGAUACAGACACGUACAGUGCCCUGGUCAAGACGUUACAGAGAGACUGUUUGGUCUUGGAAAGCUUUAAGAUUAUGGAUUAUAGUUUGCUGUUGGGAGUUCACAACAUCGAUCAGGCGGAGAAAGAGCAGCAGAUGGAGGGAUCUCAGGGCAACAGUGAUGAAAAGAGGCCGCUGGCACAGAAAGCGCUCUACACCACUGCCAUGGAGUCCAUACAGGGAGCGUCAGCCUAUGGAGAGGAAAUCGACACCGAGGACACGAUGGGCGGUAUUCCUGCAGUCAAUGGAAAAGGAGAGCGUCUGUUACUCUACAUUGGAAUAAUUGACAUCUUGCAGUCUUACAGGUUAAUAAAGAAAUUGGAGCAUACGUGGAAGGCUCUAGUCCAUGAUGGGGACACAGUGUCUGUUCACAGACCAUCUUUCUAUGCAGACAGGUUCUUCAGAUUCAUGAGCACUACUGUUUUUAGAAAGUCUUCGUCACUGAAAUCCUCUCCCUCAAAGAGGGGUCGUGGGGUUCUGGCUGCAGCCAAAUACAGCGGUCCCGGGGCAGCAUGGUCGGCCAGCCAGCUGCCAUUUGUAAGAGACGAAAACAUUUAUGACAUGAGAGGAACCCGUAGCUUCCCCACACUGGAAGACAAUGGUCGGGGAAAUGUACUUCCCUGCACCCCUCCCUCGUUAGAGGAGGCCACCACAGCCUCCAUCGCCACCUCGCUCUCCUCCACCACCUCCCUUUCCAUCCCAGAACGCUCCCCGUCGGACACCUCCGAACACCCGCGCUACCGGAGACACACCCAGUCCAGCCAUGAAGAAACAACGCAGGAUGAGGACCAGCAAACCAUCACAGUGGAGGUGGAAGUGGAGGGAAGAUAUGACAGUGAACCCACACUCGCGGCUCCCCAGGUAUCGCCGGAGAUCAGUGAAGCUGCAGAGACGUUUCUAGAAGCCUCGUCCUCCUCCGUCCCGGCGAGCCCCAGGAUAGUGGUCGAAUCUGACAGCUGCAGUCAGGCCUCGGGCUGCACGAGCCGUGCCUCUGUGGAUGAGGAUGAUGAUGUGCCAAUUACAGACAUUUAUUUUCCUCCAGAAGACUGGGUAUAUUCUCCUCUGCACUUCAGCUCAGGGCCUAAAACCCUGCCAGAGGAUGAAGGGGGGAGUGAAACGUAAUCAGACCUCAGGAAAGAGGGGCAGCUACAAGGUUCGGACUCUUCAGACGUCCGGAAGCUCUACUGGUCGGACUUUUUCGCAACUUAAGCAUUAUUUUCAUCGUCCUUUCACCCAUUCCAUAAACAACACCAAGCAAGUAGUAAUACCAAUGUCCAGACUUACGUAUGAGUAAUAAUGCAAAUGUUUAUGUUUAAUUAUUCUUUGAUUGUUUUGUGUUUCAUUUAUUGUCUAAUUUACAAACUGUGAACGUGUUUUCCGAUUUGAGCUCUGGGCCUCGAGACUUUUCCUUAAGAGUGGGUUGUAGGUUAUUACAAUGCGCCUUUGUUAUCAGGUAGCAUUGUUUGUUUCAGAACUGUUGAAAAAUUAAGGUUUCGUCAUAGUCCUUAUAUAUACACAAACAUGGUUUGCUUUAUUUUUAUUGGUUCUUCAAUAAAAUAUUAAGCCAGCAAUAGUG